GUCAAUCAGAACGUAGCUCCGCCUCCGGUUUGGACCGCUAACGGCUCGGGACCAGAACCCCGCACUUUGUUCCUGAUUCGGUUUGUGGUCUGGUUCUGCUGAGCUGAGCCGUCAGAGGGAUGUCCCGGCUGCUGGAGAGCAGGAGGACCGACAGGAUGAAGGAGAUCAACCUGAAGGAUGUAAUGUCACCAUCCACAACCGCUGCAGAGACAGUCUGGCCAGCUGUGCCAAGAUGAAGCAGAGGCAACAGAAACUGGCGUUGGUGAGAAACAGUUCAGCUUUGCAGAAUGUUGCCUUGCGAACCAAGACUCCGAUGAUGAAGGAACGUCCAAGCUCGGCCAUCUAUCCUUCGGACUCUCUCCGUCAGUCUCUGCUUGGGUCCAGGCGGGUCCGAUCCGGCCUCUCCCUGGCCAAAAGUGUUUCCACCAAUAAUAUUGCAGGGGGGACUGAGGACUCUGGAGGUCUAAGGAGGAUGUUGUCCCAGUCUACAGAGUCUCUGAACUUUAGGAACAGAACUUUAUCCAUGGAGUCCCUCACAGAUGAUGGUGACUGGUGGUGGAACCCCCUCCUGGAGGAGCUGCAGAACGAGGGCAGCUGUGUUCAUUCGGACAGCUGGAGUCUCGCUGUGGAUGCCCACUUCUUACAGACGCUCCACAAAGACGUCAUCAAGCAGCAGGACGUUAUCUACGAGUUGAUCCAGACAGAGUUUCAUCAUGUCCGGACCUUGCGGAUCAUGGAGGGUGUGUACCGGCGAGGGAUGCUUGAGGAGGUGAUGCUGGAGGCGGGCGUAGUUCACACCAUCUUCCCCUGCCUGGAACAACUGGUGGAGCUUCACUCCAACUUGUUGUCAGAGCUGCUGAACAGGAGGAAGGAAGGACUGGUGGAGGGUAGCUCCACCAACUUCAUCGUUCGCAAGCUGGGAGACCUGCUGCUCCGACAGUUUUCAGGCCAGACUGCAGAAGACAUGAAGAAGCUUUACUCUGAGUUCUGCAGUCGACACCCAAAAGCUGUGAAACUCUACAAAGAUGUUUUAACUCGAGACCGCAGGCUGCAGCAGUUCAUCAAGCUCUAA